UCGUCUUGACCAAGACUGAUAACUGAUCCUUUCAUUUCCAGAUGGGCUAGCCUAUUUGAUGAUAGCUCACUGUGAUGGCAAAAGUAAACUCACCAGACCCACAAAUUAGGGAGUGACAAACUCAUCCAUCAGCGUUGCCGGGGUGACAAUAUCCAAACGUGCUGUAGCUUGGCAACAGUGGCAAAACAAAAGGCUUGCAGCUAGCGGUCUGAUUUGGCUCGCUGGGUUCAAGAUGAGCCGACCCAGCAGUGGCCAUGAUGAAAAAGGGGUCAACCAAAAUGGAGACCCAGGAGGUCAUCACUCUGUGUUUACCAAUACCCGCUCCGCAGCGGCAGCGAGUUCUGAAACAAAACUAUUGUCCGCCUUCAAGACGGUCACUCAGGCCAGGAAAGUGUACCUGGGAGGGAGAGAGUAUUACAGCGAGGAAGGGAAGACCUUUGAAUUGCGUGUUGUUGGGAAAAUAAAGCAACAGUUAAGUGCUGACCCCACAUUUUGCCCAGAGUAUCCAUCCUCUCUCGGGCUGACAGAAUUCACCAGGCGAGCCACAGAGGUGGCUUUGGGGAAGAGCUCUCCGGCUAUCGUGGAGAACCGGGUGUUAGGUAUCCAGACUCCUAGUUUUUCUGCUGCGGUGCGUCUUGGGGCUGAACUCUUGACACACUGGUACAAAGUCAGAGCUGUUUGGUGCGGCCCAGUCUACCUCUCUUCCCCUUGUGAUGACUCAUUGGCUGGUAUCUUCCAGGCAGCAGGGAUAGAAGAUAUCCGUGAGUAUUAUUACUGGGAUGACAAGCAGCGAGGCGUUUGUUUGGAGAAGCUUCUGGAGGAUCUGGAGAGGGCUCCUGAGCAAAGUGUUGUUGUUUUGUCAGCAUCUGCCCACUACCCAACCGGAGCUGAUCUCACUCAGAAACAAUGGACCGUGAUUACACAACUCAUCAUGAGGCGUAGGCUUUUCCCUUUCCUCUUGCUGCCUGCUCAGGCGCUCUGCUAUGGCGAUUUAAAUCGGGAUGCCUGGCCCAUACAGCACUUUGCAUCGCAGGGGAUGGAGCUCCUUUGUGCUCAGUCAUUCUCCCACUGCUUUGGCCUAUACGGUGAGGCUGUAGGACACCUCCUGUGCGUCUUAAAACAGAACUCCCCCCUGUUGUCUUUGCAGUCUCAAGCUGACAGGAUAGUCAAAUCACUGUGGGCCCAGCCAUCUGUAGGAGGAGCGCAUGUUGUUGCCACGGUGCUCAGUAACCCCGCCCAUCUUGUUGAAUGGCAGGGAGAAGUUAAGCGCAUGGUUGAGAGGUGUAUGCUGAUCAGGGACAUUUUGAGAGAAAAGCUGAGACUCUUGGGUACCCCAGGCUGCUGGGACCACCUGACCCAACAAGGUGGACUCUUCUGUUGUACAGGCUUGAAUGAUCAGCAGGUGGAGUUUCUGUCAAGGAGCAGACACGUGUCCCUCCUUCCCAGGGGCUGUCUAAAUGUGAGCGCAAUCAACGGCCAUAACCUGGAAUAUGUAACUGACUCCAUCCAUCUGGCCCUGACCACUUCACUCUGACCAUGUGGCUUUUGAUCAAGAUCUGAAAUCAGUGUCACGGGGGCUUUUCAGCCUCGCUGAAAUACAUUCAUAUAUCACAUUGAAAUGUUCUGGUUCCAGAAAAGUACUUUUGCAGUUGCAGCUUUUGCAAAGUAAAUGCUGUUAAACAUAUAGAAAACGGUAACGCUAAAUGUAGAGCUGUAGAGCUUCUGACCUUUCAUCAUGCAAGUCCAGUCAUUAGUAACUGAGACCAGGUUGUGAUGCCCUUUCAGGUGAGACACAUGAAUAAAGGAUGUGUUCAUGUGUCCUGUGUGUGGCAGUAGCUCAGGCAUAUUAAGUAAAAAGAAUAUGGCAGUGCAGUGAUCCUUUUGUUGAAAUUCUGCCAGUUGCUCAAAGACUGACUAACUUCAGUGUAUAAUUUAUAAAUUCACAUGAAGUACUGCUUUGGUGAUUAUGUUUUGGAGAGUGACAACCACCAGCCCUAAAUCAACACACUCCAUCUGCUGUAUUUAAUCCAUCCAAAAACUUAAGAGUAAAAACGUUACUUUGCAAUUUCCAUUCAUGGUAGCAUCGCUGGUUUAGCAGCCCAUGUCACGUCCUGGUUGAGAGGAGGGUCGAAACCCAUUUACCAGUACAGAUAGACUCCCGAUGGAGGUUUAGAUAACAGGCUGUUGGCUAUAUCUUAAAGGCAAAUAGAUUUGUAUCAAUCUUCUCAUCAAACUCUCAGUGGUAAAAUCAUUAUAUCGAUAUAAGCAUUCCUUCACAUACUGUAGUGGACAUGUUCAAGUGAUUAACAUCAUGAUCGGGUGCGAGUCUUUCUCUAUUAAAUUGACUCUUCAGUGAGUUGUUGUAGUUUGAAUUUUGUAAAAUCUGAGAAGGUAUGGUAUGUGUGGCUAUAUACUGGGCAUUGUUACACAUCAGCACUAUCUAAUAUAAGACGAAUCAAGAGCUUAUUCAUGCCACAAAGGUAACCUAUAGAGGGAAGAGCCUCAGGUGAGCAGCCAUAUAUUGCUUACCGCAUUUAAAGCAGAAAAUAUGCUUCACAAUUUCCUUUCAGUUACUGUGAACAGUAGUCAGAAAAAUGUGUCACAAAUGUAUUGAAAACACACUCUGCACACAGCAGUUUUGCUGAAUAAACAACCUUGA